AUGUGUUAUUCAGAACAAGCUGCUCCAUGUCAGCAGCCUUCAUGUACCCCAAAUGCCAUUGCCGGGUUGCCUGUUCUCUCAACCGUCCCCUUGUACCAACAUGACACGAACGUGUUCCAAGACUGGGUGGAUCAUGACAGCUGUGGCAGCAGCCGUUUGUCCGCAUGUGCUGAAAUUAAACUUACUCCGAGUACUCAACGACUCUUGGAGAAUUGCAAAACAAAUCCUGCACGUUUCCUUGGCGCAAUCAAGGAAGCUAAAGUAGUUUUUCCAAAUGGACAGGGAUGGGAAGCUGCCCUUGCCACAAAGAAAGAAAACACUGACAUUCGGGAUCUGAUGAGGAUCUACCACAGAUUUGAGUGUUAUAACAUUUACAGCCAUGUUGUGGAGGCUGGUUUUCACACCGGCACGCACUGGGUCCGAGAAAGGCGCUCUGACCUGAUCAAAAAGCUUUGCCAAGAGUUUCCAAAUCGUUUCCAGAAUCAAAAAGCCGCAAACAAGUGUCUCAACUGGGUAGACCAAGGUUGUAAGUAUCAUGAGUGGAGCAAAACAUUUGGUGAAACAGAAGAUCUCGGAUAUCUUAUCGCACUGCCCUCGGACUUGCCUCACUCAGCAUACACAUCCAGAUGCACCAGAGAGCAAAUGAACGCAGCUGCGAUUAAAUUCAAGGAGUUGGGUAUAAGUAAGCUUGUGGUGGAUUUAGAACUUACAAGGCUGGGAAAUCACAUCGCAUCGGCGCUGAGAGAUAUGACAGCCAAGAAGCGGAGACACAUCAGUGGUAAGCACCGUUAA